CGAAAUGUUUUCUAUAUAAAUACCCUUUCUUUAAUUUCGAGGUUUUUGGCCGCCCAUACUGGAACCUUCAUCGUUGCUUCGGUGAAAAUUCCGCAAACGGACUUAGACCUAGAAUUUUCGUCAGGAGGUCAAGGACAAGUGGCCACCCAAACAACAACAAUUGGUCUUAAUACUUCUAAGCCUAACCAGCCAAAACGUCUCCAUAUCAGUAACAUCCCAUUUCGGUUUCGCGAUUCUGACCUCAGGCAAUUGUUUGGGCAAUUUGGUCCAAUACUAGAUGUUGAAAUUAUUUUUAAUGAACGAGGCUCGAAGGGAUUCGGUUUUGUAACUUUCGCAAGUAGUGUGGAUGCUGAUCGCGCACGAGAGCAAUUGAACGGCACGGUGGUUGAGGGACGCAAAAUAGAGGUGAAUAAUGCUACGGCAAGAACACAAACCAAGAAAACCCCAACUAUCCCAAACAUUGCAGCUCUGCGGGGAGUAGCGAUUCAAAGAGGCCGAGCAAGGGGGGCUUUUGCCCACCUAUCGUCACCACUUAGUGCAGCAGCGGCAGCUACUGCCCUACACGGUUAUACUCCGUAAGCAUGAGAA